CAUUAAAAGUGAACAUUUUCGCCAUUGUGUAUAAUAUAUAUGAAAAUUAAAUCAUCAAAUUUAUAAAUAACCAAGGAAAACAGAAAAUGAAAACGGAAAAAUAAAAUUCAAAAAAAAAAAAAAGCGAAAAUUUUCUGCAACACGGACAUCAGCAAUGACCACGUAUAAAUACAUAUAUAAAUACAACUAUAAAAAUAUAUAAAUAAAAAAAAACAUAUCAACUUCUCACACAGCAGCCGUUUUUCCACAUAACAUCCAUACACAUAUAUAUAUAACAUUAACAUAUCUAAAAGUCUGAGCAGGAAAUCUACAUUUCAGUCACCAAAAAAAAAUUGUCAUCUUCCACAAAAAGUAAAAACCAAAAACAACAAACGACAACGAAAAUAAAUAGCGACACAUUCUACAAAACAAAAAAAAAAAAAUAAAUAAAAUUAAAUCCAAGGCGUUUUUCAACUCUUCUCUUUUUGCCCUGCCAACAAAUGUGCGUUUCUGGGCCUCCCGCCAGGCAGCAAAAGUGCAAAAACAAACAGAAAUACUUAAAGUAAAUAUUCUCUAAAUGUAAUGAGAAUUAUAUGCUUGCGUGGUUCAUCAUCCAUGACCAUAAUGUUAAAGUAAAUAUUUAUUGUAAAGAAAAGCCAACAACAACGAAGAAAUAAUCACACAAUUGCCUAUUUCAAUAAUUUUGUUACCGUGUAUUGUGUACGAAAGAAAACAAUAACAACAACAGCAACAUCAUGGAACGAGAUCAAACACCUGUUAGAGCCAAAAGCCAGGAGAAGGAAACACACACUACUGAAGGAAUGGGGCUUGUGACGCCUUCAUAUCACACGGCCACAUCGUUGACGAGAUUUCUAAUUUGCAUGGCUCCAGUAAUGGUGUCAUUACCUGGAUCCAAUGAAAUCUCAAUCGAUCAACCCGCAAUUCUUCAAGUACUUAGUCCAAUAAAUGCCACAGAAGAAAAAAAGGAAGCCAACAACAACAACGUCAAUAGUAAGCCGUCGUUCGAGCGGAAGCAAGACGCCAAUGAAUGCCCGGUGAAUGUGUCGCCAAAAUCCUCCAAGGAUUUCGUUUUUGAAACGCACAACGACGAAAAUGUUAAUGACGAUGCAAAUUCUAGCGUUAAGAGCCUAGUCAGUAGUUCUAGUACAGAAAAUUUAGCUAAGACAAUUAUUAUCAAAGAAACCGCCCCCACCACCGCCAAAGUAACAAAAGCAGAAGAAAAACAAGAAACCACAUCCCAUAAUUCUAACCCAACUCCUCAUAUCCCAUCUAAAAACGAAGAAAAAUCUGAAACAAUUGAAUCGGAAAUUUCUGACAAGCAAAGCAAGUUAGAGCAAAAAGAAAAGGAAAUCGAGGAAGUUAUAGUUCCCACCACUUCAGCCCAUCAGAAAGCAACUCCAAACGGAGAAAAGCCUGAAGCCAAAGUAACGAAAGCAGAAGAAACCACUUCCCAUAAUUCUAAUACUACUCCUCAUAUCCCAACUCAAAACGAAGAAAAAUCUGAAACUAAAAAAGAACUUCCUGAGAAACAAAGCAAGUUAGAGCAAAAAGAAAAAGAAACCGAAGAACUUAUAGUUCCCACCACCUCAGCUCCGCAAAAAGCAACUCCAAGCAACGGGGAAAAGCCUGAGGAUUCCCUAGACUCAAAAACCCCUGCCAACGAAUCGGAAUUUGAUCAAGAAGAAAAAGAAACCGAGGAAAUCUUCAUUUCCUCAGUACCUCCCAGUCCCAGUGAGGAUAAUGUUCUGGACAUUGAAUCUCAUUUAAUUGAAACCCUUAACGAGGCCACAGUUCACAAAGAAAGUGUGGGUAUUAAGGAAUUACCUCCAGCCGAGGAAGAGUUGAAGGUGGGCUGUUCCAAAAUCGAGACGGAUGUCAAUGUACGCUCAGUCAUAGAAGUUGAACCCGCCGAGGUGGUAAGCAAACAGCCAGUGGAACAGAUUUUGGAAACCAAAGCCUUACUGCAAGCUGCUCAAAUUGAGGAGAACGAAACGCCCUAUCUCAAUGGUGAUUCGGGAGUCCAUGUGAAUAAGGCAGACAUAGAAGAAGUUGCCCAGCAACUACUGCAAGAUAUCGAAGAGGAAGUUGUCAAGGCCUUUGCAGAGAAUAAUUUUAAAAUUAACGAACCGCAACAAAAAGUGGAGGAUGAAAAUUCCAAUGAAAAGACUGAAAAUACUAAAGUAGUGGAGGCAGCAAAGAAAACGGAAACAGCUUCCACGGAAACUAAAAAUUCUACGUCCCUGAAUCCCUUCGAAGAAGAAGAAGACGAAGAUCAAUUGGACGGCGCCCAAUUGCGCAGCGAGUCUCAACUUUCCCAGGUCGUUGAUCAACAACUUUCCGAAGUCACCAGCAUUUUAGAUUCCCAAACGAAGGAGGCCGCCGCCGCAGCUGCCACCGCCACCUCAUCGUGUCUGAAACCACCCUCCUCGGAACCUCAUCUAAAAUUAGUAACUGUUCCCACACCCCAGACCGCCUCCGAAGAGGAGGAACGUAAACUUUUCAUCGAAUCCCUGCCACCAUUGCAAGAUCCGGCAGCAACAAGUGAUGCCGAAAAAUUAGCCUUAGAUUGUAAAAAGGAAUAUUAUCAGUCGUUGAAAAAGUAUCUCAUACAAACCGCCACGGAUCGGCCGCCAGUGCCGCUGCAAACAUAUCGCUGGGAGGAUUUGCGAAGGGCCAAAGAAAGGGGUGGCUAUCCAUGGACGCACUUGUACAAUCGUCCGCUGGGUCCAGAUGAAGAACCCGAAAUAGUGUUGAUGCUAAGAAAAUCCCAGGAAAUACGUUUCCUCUCAGAAUCGCCAAAAUCCAACAAAAAGGUACGCAUCGACGACCAGGUGUUGAUACAAGAAACUCAUCCAUAUCUACAAGAACUGUCCGAAGAAGAGGAAGAAGACGAAGGUCAUCAUUCGGAACAUCAUUUGCCGCGGGACGGUGAUCACGAAAAUCAUAGUUUGCACAGUGAAAGUUUCUCCUGUGUAUCGGAUUCGGUGUUGGCAACAGCCAAGGCCAAGGCCGCCAAUCGUUUUAGUAAGGUGCGUCGCCUGUUCCGACGUCGUCGUUACGGUAAUCGUAGCAACGAAGACGCUCAAUCACUGCCCGAUUCGUUUACAUCGGCGGCAAGUUUACAACGUAGCUUGGAACAGGUACCUGCGUCGGAGACAACAAGUCAAGUGGAAGCCGCUACUUCGCCUCAAGAAGUCCAUCCCAUUUACGAGCAUCCCAAGGGUCCUCGUUGUUUCCCCAUAAUGAAGAAGCUGAAGAGCAUGGCCGAUCGCCAAAAGAAGCGUUUGAAUAUUAAACGUCUGCACUUGGGCAAGGAUGAUAAGGUGGCUCCAGCCCCCGGGGAGGAGCCAAAGAUCAUAAAUUUAAAGAACUCCCCCAAGGCCCAACGAAGUGAUAUUGCGCAUUUUGAAAAACAAGAUUCCGAUGAUAUUUUGGAAAUCGAGGAGCUCGAUGAGUCGCCCAGUCGCAAGCGUUUGGGUAGACAAGGUGAGGCAGAGGGAGAACAGGGACCAAGUAGUAGCAUUGUGGAACCAGAGGAAAUUAUUGAAAUCAAGGAUGUGGUUAAGCCAAGUUCCGAUGCGGCAGAGGGCGAAGAAGUUGAUGCCAAGAAAGUGGAACAGGCAGAAAGCGAGAGUACCACACCUCCCAAAAAGGCACCCCGCCUGCGCAGAGAACAUGUCUAUGAGGAGAUUGACCAACCUGACGAUACUGUCAUGCCAGCUGCCGAGGAGCUGAAAUUCAUUUUGGAUGCCACCUCCGUGGAUGCCUUAAAACAAUCCCUGGCCACCCAAGACAGCAGUGCUGUGAAAGAAGUGGCUGCCUCUAAGAAUGCCAUACCCUUGGAUCGCAUGGGCAGCAGUGAAGAGGAAGUUAUGGGCUUACCGGAUCGUGCCACACCAGAGAGGAAAUCAAAUACUCUCCUGGCACCCAUUUCCUCCAUUGACUCGGCCUCAUCCGAUGAGGUGGGCAAUAAACCCCAACUGCAACCGGUUACCGAGGAAGAACAAGAGGAGGAGGAAGCAGAGGCGGAGUCUGAAGCGGCAAAGGAAUCGAGCCAUUUGAAGAUUGAAUCUGUGAAAAAAGAAGCCUCACCAGUACCUUCCGAGAAGAAGGUUGUCACCUUUUCACAUGUGGAGGAUGAAGCUGAACCACAUCGCGAAGACAUUGAAUUGCCUGCCGAACAAAUGGAAGCCGCCAAGGAGGCCAACAAACUAAAGGCAACUGUCAACGAUCAUGAAUAUGAACCUAUUGGAAUGCCUUCUUCAGAUGAUAAACCAUCCUCCGAAGUCAAGGAUCAACAUCCCAGCGAAUCUCAAAUGGCAGGCGGGGAGGAGCCGCAAAAAACUGCCGAAGACUAUCAAAAGGAAAUUGAAGAACAAUUCUUCAAGCCAGCUGCGGGUAAGCCCACACCCCAAACCGAACUGAAUGUAGAGGCUGAUGAUGAACCCCUGCCCGAUGAGGCGGCAGCCGUUGACGAAACUGGCCAACCCAAGAGUGGUGCCAUGAAAAGUUUUAUGGCCUCGGCCCAAGAUCGUGGUAGGAAAAUGCAAAUCGGCUUGAAAACCCAAGCCGGCAAACUGAGGACCAAAUUUAAGCCCACCCCCAAGAAAUCUCCCUCAAGCAGCCCCAAGGCCAAGGAACGCAGAAAGUUCAAGGCACCGGAAUUUUCGAAAAUGAAAAUGCCCGAUAUCAAGAGACCCGAUAUGUCCAAGUUUAAGGAUUUCAAGAGGCCAGAAUUUACCAAGUUCUCCAAACCGGAUAUGAGUAAAUUUAAGCUACCCGAAAUGUCGGGCAUAAAAUUGGGACGUAGCAAAUCGUUUAAGGAAACCGAGACCACUGUCCACGAUGAGGAUAUGUCGCUGGAGCCACCUACCAAAAAGGGUGUUGAGGCAACGUCGCCACAAAAGAAGCUGUUCGAUUUUAAUUUCGGCACCUAUCCAAGGGUCUUGCGCAAAAAGAAGAAACCAGUGGAACCAGAAUCUUCCUUUGAUACCGGCACUGCAACCGAGGCCACCAGUGUUAUACCCAGCACCACCACCCAACCCUCGGUGGAGUCUUCAAGUUCACCCCAGGGCGAUAGGGGACCAGGUCCGGUGAGAUCCCGUUGGGCCGAUAAAUUCUCCGAUGUCAGUUUCAACGACAGCGAAGGUUCGCGUUAUCGACGCUACGGCAGUGAGUUGGAAAGUUUCGACAGAGAGUCAUCCCUGGAGCGACGCAUGCGUGAAGAUCUAGAGGACACGGUAAGCGAGGAACCCCAUGAGGGUGCCGAUAGCAUGGGUCUUUUGGGUGUGGCGGCCGAUAACAAGGAGUUCGCCCAAUUCGAUGAGGAAAAUCGUGCAAUUCAUGAAAUCUCCAAUCUUCGUUCGAGGGAAUUCAAACGUCGUCCCAUUGUCCAUCAGGAUUCCGAUGUACGCUCCGAAGAGGAUGCCGUUGGCUGGACGGAGAAGGAGAUCGAAAAGAAUAUCUUGCUGCGCAAGGCAGAACUGGAAGCCGAGGCAAGCUAUCACAAAUAUCAAACUGAUGAUGUUGGCCGUCAUGACACCCAAUCCACGGCUAGCUCCGGCAAGAAGGUGGUCCUUGAGGAGAUCAGUGAAGAUGAGUUCUUUUUGCGCAAACGUGGCAUCUCCCAGGAUAACAUUGAAAUCAAUCAAUACAUACGCAAUGCCUUCCGGCAGCAGGGUGACGACUAUGACAAACCCAUUAAUGGCUUGCAACAUGUUGGUCAAACCCGUGAAUAUGUGGGUGACUACGAUGUACCUCCGCCAAAACCACGACGUCUGCACAAAGUCUAUCAGCCACAAAAUGACUCACAAGAAUUCGGUUCCUAUGGCGAUAACUUUUCGGUGUCACAAAAUGGCAGUGACUAUUUCAGUGGCAGUGGUAACCAACCACCAAGGAGACCCAUGCGCAAGUCCAGAAGUCGCAGCAAAUAUUCCAUGGACAGCCAAGAUGUCCGUUACAUGGAUGAGGAAUAUUUGCGUGAGCCAUCCCAUGAAAAUGUCAGUGGCGUUUGGAAUGAUUUGAAUGUGACGGGUAAGGAAAACAUUCCCGUGCGGCAUGAACACCAUCUGCAACAGGAGGACAAUGAUGGAGGCGAUGAUAUUUCACGGCCACAACCACCGAGACGUCAGAAGCGACGUCGUGACACUUCAAUGGACAAGGAUUCGUUUAUGAAUGGUUUUGGAGGACGCUCGGUGUCGAAUAGCUAUUUGCAGCCAACCGAAGAUGUAAUCGUUUAUCGCACUGAACAUGAAUAUCAUCAUGUACCCAUUGCCACUCCCGACAAGUACUCGGACUCGCUGUCAGCCAAUAAAUCAACAUCUCAUUACGAUUUAGAUGAGCAAGGUUCUAGAGGUGCCAUGUCCAUGGGCCAAGAUGAUGAGGCUAUUGAUGUGACAGAUAAAUAUGUUAUUGAGAUGUUGGAAAAUGAUGGCUAUGCCGUAGUACGCAAGGAACAAAUACCCAAGCCCACACCACCGGCCAGACGUAAACGUUAUGCCCAUUUGCCGGGGGAUCGUUAUGCCACCAUGCCCAAUAUGAGAACUAAACGAAGUACGCCACCGCCACCCGAUAGACCACCACCACCCAGGGGUUAUACACCCGUCUCUGAUGUGGUUAUGCCAACGAUACGCAAGUCGGCCCUUAGUUUAGAUGCUCGUCCCAACUACCGUGAAGAUGAUUAUGAGGAGCCUGGAAGACCUGAAUCGCCACGCAAUCUACAAUCUGGCGACAUUAUUAAUAAAAUGAAAUAUCGCCCGUUACCGCCACCACCAAGGCCACCGCGAGAGAAACGCAAUCGUUCGACAAGCAAAGGUUCCGAAGCCACCACCAAAUCCCCCUUGGACGCUGAUGAAGUAGACAUUGUCGAUGGCAUAGAGGAAUCAGAGGAACGCCAUUUCGAAGAGGUCGAGGCAUCGACACAAACCGAUCCCCUGCCCGAUGAUUUCGUUUGCGAAGAAUUUGAAAUAACCGAUGAUAUGAAGAUAAUUGAACCACGAAUAAUUCCGAAAACCAUAGAGGAAAUGUUGCAGGAGGAACUGGAAAAGGAGUUGGAAAAUGUCAAUCAUCAGGUGAUUGACAGUGAACAGUUGGCCAGGGGAUUGCAACGUUUUAGGGAAUCGAAUCAAAGAAGUUUGUCGGAGAGGUCAAGAGCCUCUUCGCAGGCCGAUCGUUCCAAGUCACAGAGUAGGCCUCAGACACCAUCGGCCAUAUUGGUGCAAAGUCAGUCCUCAACCCCUGUUAUGAAGGAUAAUAGCGAGCCCAUGCUUGAGGCAUCAUUGAUUGUGCGACCCAUUGAUGAUUUGGAAUUGGAGGAGGAGGAACUGAGACGUGAAGGCCUGCUUACCGAUGAAUCUCAACACAGUGGUCUGGAAGAGCACAAAGAUGAUUUGCGGGUGCCCGUCAGUGAGGCCAGCUAUGCCCCCAGUUCCACAGACAUUGAUGAGGCCUUGGGUCAUUUGCCAUCCGAUCAGGAAACUCAACAAACCGAUGAAGAGGUGGAACGUACCCUACAACGAUAUCGCGAUGAAUUGGAUGAAAUUGGCCGUCAGCUAAUGGAAACCCAAACCACAUCGCAAGAGGACAUAAGAGAAAGUGAUAGGGAGGAGAGAUCCGAAAAAUGGGAACACAGUGAUCGUGAGGAACCAUCCGAGAAAUGGGAACACAGUGAUCGUGAGGAAAUGCUCAAGGAGCCAUGGCAAUUAAGUGAUAUUGAGGAAAUGAGAUCCGACUUGGAAGAGAUUACCUCAGAACGGGAGGAGCUGAAAUCAGAUAUGGAGGAGAUCACCUCAGAAAGGGAGGAGGAACUCAAAUCCGAUGUGGAGGCCUUGUCUGAAAGGGAACAAGAAGAAGAAUUGAAAUCAGAAAAAUAUGAGGUGGAAAAAUCGGAAAAGUUACCCGCCGAGGAAUUGGCACCAGAAGCUGCAGAAGAAGAAGAGGAGGAAGAAAUUCCCUUUGAAAAGGAGUUUACUCCCCUGGCCACCCCCAGCUAUCGUGUGGAAACACCCACCUCACCUGCACCCAUGCCGCCACCAAGAAGAAAAUCCACCACUGCCAUUGAUAGCCGCUAUGAGGCCGAAGAGGAUGAGCCCCUAGAGGAAACCAAAGAAGUGGCCAUUAUGCAAACCGUGGCCAAAACCGAAGAACCUGUUGCCUCUGCCACGGCUAGUGGUCUCCCUGCCCACAUAAGUGAAUUGGAGGUGGAACGUUUGAGAGUGCACGCCUUACAGGCCGGACAAAUAAUGGUCUCCCAAUUGCAUGGCCAACAAAUUUCUUCCGAGGAAGUGGAAUGUAAAUCUGGCAAUAUUGUGGUCAAGAACAUCGAAUUGCCUCCCGGGCUCAUUGAGGAUAUUGUGGAAAGGGUUAGGCAAACCGAACGUUCCCAGCAUUUGACUGUGGAGACACAGACUAGUCAACAGAAUAGCGAUAAUGAACCCAGCCCCCAGAGGGAGGUGGUACCACCACCCAAGCCUCCAAGACUAAGGGAUUUGGAGGCCAAGGCCAAGCAAAGUGAGGCUCCCAUUGUGGCAGCUGCUGCUGUUGCGGUUCAAAAUACCGAUGAACAGACCCAAACAGAGGGGGAGACAGCACCACCCAGUGUGGCACCCGUUCCGCCGAUAAAUGUUUUCCCCACGGCUGAAUAUUUACAACAACUGGCCCCCUUGGCCUUUUACAAUUUACACAGGGCCCAGGCUGAUAUGGCCGAACAGACUGAAAGGACCAGGCAUAGGCGUUCCGUUUCACCCGCCCAUGGUGGUGGAGAAGAAGCUCACAAAUCGGCUGACAGUUCCGAUGAGACAACAACCAGACGCCGACGUACACGCAGCACCCGUACCCCCUCCCCUGACGAUCCACAAAGUGUUACCAAGGCUGGACGUAAAUUUAUCACAGCCUGUAGUCUAUCUUUGGCCAAGAUCAUCAAUCAACUGACCGACUAUGUGCGGGGCAAUGAACCCAAAGAGGGCGUGGAAGAUGCCACCGGGGUGCGGAAUAGCCAAGUCCCGGCCUUGGCUGUGCUCUUCAUUGUCAUUACCUUCUGUGUGCUGAUAUUCUUGAUGACUGGCCGCAGUGUCCACACUCAUCAUUGGGAUUACUUCAAUCCACCCGGUCAUGAGGGACGUCCGUCAUAGGGGUGUCCGAAACCUCCUGAAACUUAAGGGACAUAAAAUUAAUUAUUUUGCUCUCUCUAAGCAUUUCAAGCAAUUUUGUUUUUGUAAUGGAAAUAAUUAGCGAGGAAGCGAGGAACUGUUUCAAUUAUCCGGAAAGAAAAAGGGAAAACAAAUACAAACGUGGCCUUCAAAACUCAACUAAAAAACAAAA